AUGCACGCCGACCUUGACUUCUGUCGUCCAAUCCCGACCCCCAGGAAGUUCCCCGCUCUUAUCUGGCUCAGCAUCGCCCUCGAGCACAGCUUGCCGGUGCGCAUCGCUGUGGCUGUGCGCUCCGAGGGAACGCUGCAGUUCCUUGGCCACCAGGGUUUUGAGGCGCUGAGUCUCAGCUCUUACGCUUGCGAGAAACUCUGGGUCAUCCAACGCGUCGAAAGGAUGAAGAAGAUUGUGUUUCGAAGAGCGAGGGAGAAGGAGUGUGUGAAUAGUGGCUUUUGGAUAGCGAUCAUUGAUGGCUACAAAGUCGUCAUUGUGGUAGAUGACUCGAGAAGAUGGGCCGAGAUGCAACGGUGGAUGGUGGUGUUUUUCUUUUCGGCGUCAUGA